AUGAUAUCAAUUUCGAUUAUAUGGUUUAUUGUCAAAAGGGCACCGCGGUUCUUUGCUCUGGCGGUGGACAUCGUUGCCAUUUUCCUUUUAAUAUUUCUGCUCGUCGGCAACAACAGCACAUCGCAAGUCUCGACUUACCUUACCAGUUUCGAGUUCGAUUCCUCUUCGCCCAUGUACCGCAUAAUUACCUCCUCAUUCAGCUCCAAUAACUCUACCAGCGACCUUCAGAACGUGGCUGUUCGUGCCGGUUACAUGGGCAUCUGCGUUACGGGCAUCCCCAGCACCUACUCAGAAAAGUCGACGCUCUGCUAUAGCCGCAAGAACAUCUCGAACGCCCCAUUGUACGACGACCUCGAUGUCAAGGUGUUCAACAUUCGUUCCUCCAACAGCUCCUCCACACAAGCCACCCAGCUCAACAUCCUGCAGUUGGCCGAGGACAGCUCUGUGCGGCUAAUCCAUCCCUACGUCCUGAUGGCUGUUAUCGUCCUCACCAUCGUAAUGUUCUGCUGCACCCUGUUCGCAACUAUCCCCAAACUUCCCGGCAAGACUUACCUAAACAGGUUCCUGUUAGCCCUGUGCCCAGUUUUGACUCUUACUUGGGGAAUUGGUGCCAUGUGGACCCAUGUGGCAAUACACGCGAGCAGCAACUACAUUCCUCAUGCAUCUAUGGGGAUUUUGAAAGUCAAGAUGGGCUAUAAGGCAUCAGCGAUGGCCUGGGCAGCGUUUGCGUUUCUGAACGUCAAUUGCCUCAUAUUAUGGGCGCUUUACUUCAGGGAUCGGAGAUCUCUAAGCAAUGAAAUUGACAGAAUACGAAAGCCUUCUGCUAGACACGCUCCCAACGAUCAAAGUGACGGCUCAACUUUAGCUAGUAAGUACUAA